CUGUCGCUGUCAUUGUCAAAUAAAUUAAACAUAAGCUUUGUUUGUUGUUGGUUGUUGAAAACUUUUAUUUGAAUUCAAAAAAAACUUUCUGCUCAAAGGAGUUAUUAAAUUCUCUGCAGAAGUUACAGUAUUCAUUAAAAUGACUUCGGCUCUCUAUUUGGAACAUUACUUAGAUAGCCUAGAACAUUUACCCAUUGAGCUUCAACGCAACUUUACGUUAAUGAGAGAUUUGGACUCGAGAGCUCAAGGUCUUAUGAAAAACAUAGAUACAUUAGCGGAUCAGUACCUAAAAGAUCAGAAAAAUCUGUCUUCAGAUCAGAAAAAAGAGCAGUUGGAUAAAAUACAGAGUCUAUUCAACAAAGCUAAAGAAUAUGGGGACGAUAAAGUACAACUAGCAAUACAGACUUAUGAAUUAGUAGAUAAACAUAUUCGCAAGUUAGAUAAUGAUUUAGCUAGGUUCGAAUCCGAAAUUCAAGACAAAGCAUUGAAUUCUAGGAACCAAGAGGAACCAACUGUAGGCAAAAGAGGCAGAAAGAAGCUGAAGGAUGGAAAAGCAGAAAAGAAAAAACUCGGUAAUUCUAGCGAAGAAGACUCAACAGGAACUGUGAAGGGGAACAAGAAGAAAAAACAGAAGGGGGCAGGGACUGGAAGCGCUUCCGGAAACUCGACUGGCAAUGGUGCCAAGGCUGCUUCAGGUGAGGUGGCUGAAGCGGUGGCAGCAGUCUUGCCUGGAUUAGCAGGAAUCGCCCAUCCUAGCGACGUAUUGGAUAUGCCUGUUGAUCCUAACGAACCAACAUAUUGCCUUUGUCAUCAAGUGUCCUACGGUGAAAUGAUUGGAUGUGAUAAUCUUGAUUGUCCAAUUGAAUGGUUCCAUUUCGCUUGUGUCGGAUUGACUACAAAGCCCAAAGGGAAAUGGUAUUGUCCGAAAUGUACUCAGGAUAGGAAGAAGAAAUAGCGAAAACAGAUUAUCUAGGUGAAUCAUUCCACACUUUAAAAUUCUUUCAAAAUUUUUAAUUGUUGACAAUCUACGUUUCGUAGAUUUAUUUCUCUUCUUUAUUUAUUGUUUUUGAACCUAAUUGUAAACGAUUAUGCAUUGUUUGGGUUCUCGUGGACGAUUUGCUUCCAAGAAGAAACAUCAAAAAUGUUUUUCCGUAACUCUUAAGUAUCAAAAUACUUCAAUCGAUUAUUUUUCCUUGAUAUGUUUUCAUCGGGCAUCGAAUCACGUGGAAAAUAUGAGCCCGUCAUGUGGCUUCAGAUCUCAAAAGACAUUAGUAAAGUGUUUGUUUCGAAGUUGUUGUUAUGUAGGUUUUAAUUAGAUUUUACAAAGAAAUUUCUGUAAUAUUUGUUUGUAUGAUGAGUUGUGAAAGAUUAAUAAAAUAUAUCAAC